GUGGCCCCGGGCCGGGGAGGAGGAGCAGCGCCGAAUGCUGGGCGACUUGACUGGUGCCGUGCUAACGCAGUAACCGGUCGCCGAGGGUCCCCACUAGCAGGAUGAAGUUAAAGGAAGUAGAUCGCACUGCCAUGCAGGCAUGGAGCCCUGCCCAGAAUCAUCCCAUUUACCUAGCUACAGGAACAUCUGCUCAGCAGUUGGAUGCAACAUUCAGUACCAGUGCUUCCCUCGAGAUAUUUGAAUUAGACCUUUCUGAUCCAUCCUUGGAUAUGAAAUCUUGUGCUACUUUCUCCUCCUCUCACAGGUACCACAAGUUAAUUUGGGGGCCUCAUAAGAUGGACUCAAAAGGAAAUGUCUCUGGAGUUCUGAUUGCAGGUGGUGAAAAUGGAAAUAUGAUUCUCUAUGAUCCUUCUAAAAUUAUAGCUGGAGACAAGGAAGUUGUGAUUGCCCAGAAUGGCAAGCAUACUGGCCCAGUGAGAGCCUUGGAUGUAAACAUUUUCCAGACUAAUCUUGUAGCUUCUGGUGCUAAUGAAUCUGAAAUCUAUAUUUGGGAUCUAAACAAUUUUGCAACUCCGAUGACACCAGGAGCCAAAACACAGCCCCCAGAAGAUAUCAGCUGCAUUGCAUGGAACAGACAAGUUCAGCAUAUUUUAGCAUCAGCGAAUCCUAGUGGCCGGGCUACUGUAUGGGAUCUUAGAAAAAAUGAACCUGUCAUCAAAGUCAGUGAUCAUAGUAAUAGGAUGCAUUGUUCUGGAUUGGCAUGGCAUCCUGAUGUUGCUACCCAGAUGGUCCUUGCCUCUGAGGAUGAUAGGUUACCUGUGAUCCAGAUGUGGGAUCUUCGAUUUGCCACCUCUCCACUCCGUGUCCUUGAAAACCAUGCCAGGGGGAUUUUGGCAGUUGCUUGGAGCAUGGCAGAUCCUGAAUUGUUGCUGAGCUGUGGAAAAGAUGCUAAAAUACUCUGCUCCAACCCAAACUCGGGAGAGGUGUUGUAUGAACUUCCCACCAAUACACAGUGGUGCUUUGAUAUUCAGUGGUGUCCCCGAAAUCCUGCUGUCUUAUCGGCUGCUUCCUUUGAUGGACGUAUCAGUGUUUAUUCCAUCAUGGGAGGGAGCACAGAUGGUUUAAGGCAAAAACAAGUUGACAAGCUUUCGUCAUCUUUUGGAAAUCUGGAUCCCUUUGGCACAGGGCAGCCCCUUCCUCCAUUACAAAUUCCACAGCAGACUGCUCAGCAUAGUAUAGUGCUGCCUCUGAAGAAGCCACCCAAGUGGAUACGAAGGCCUGUUGGUGCUUCCUUUUCAUUUGGAGGCAAGCUGGUUACCUUUGAGAACGUCAAAAUGCUAUCUCAGCAGGGAGCUGAGCAGCAGCACCACCAUGUGUUCAUUAGCCAAGUUGUGACGGAAAAGGAAUUCCUCAGCCGAUCUGACCAACUUCAGCAGGUCGUGCAGUCACAAGGAUUUGUCAGUUACUGUCAGAAAAAAAUUGAAGCUUCUCAGACCGAGUUUGAGAAAAAUGUGUGGUCUUUUUUGAAGGUAAACUUUGAAGAUGAUUCUCGUGGCAAAUACCUUGAACUUCUAGGAUUCAGAAAAGAAGACCUAGGAAAGAAGAUUGCUUUGGCCUUAAACAAAAUGGAUGGACCUGAUGUGGCUCUUAAAGGCUCUGACCAAGUAGCACAGAAUGAUGGGGAGGAGAGCCCUGCUGCUGAAGAGCAGCUCUUGGGAGAGAGAAUUAAAGAGGAAAAACAAGAAUCUGAAUUUUUACCCUCAGCUGGAGGAACAUUUAAUAUUUCUGUCAGCGGUGAUGUUGAUGGUUUAAUUACUCAGGCUUUGCUGACGGGUAAUUUUGAGAGUGCUGUUGACCUUUGUUUACAUGAUAACCGCAUGGCAGAUGCCAUUAUAUUGGCAAUAGCAGGUGGACAAGAACUCUUGGCUCAAACCCAGAAAAAAUAUUUUGCAAAAUCUCAAAGCAAAAUUACAAGGCUGAUCACUGCAGUGGUGAUGAAGAACUGGAAAGAGAUUGUUGAGUCUUGUGACCUUAAAAAUUGGAGAGAGGCCUUAGCUGCAGUAUUGACUUACGCUAAACCAGAUGAAUUUUCAGCCCUCUGUGAUCUUUUGGGAACCAGGCUUGAAAGUGAAGGUGAUAGCCUCCUGCAGACUCAAGCUUGUCUCUGCUAUAUUUGUGCUGGGAAUGUAGAGAAACUAGUUGCAUGUUGGACUAAAGCUCAAGAUGGAAGCAACCCUUUGUCACUUCAGGAUCUGAUUGAGAAAGUUGUUAUCCUACGAAAAGCUGUACAACUCACUCAAACCAUGGACACUAAUACUGUAGGGAUACUUUUGGCUGAGAAGAUGAGUCAGUAUGCCAAUUUGUUAGCAGCCCAGGGCAGUAUUGCUUCUGCCUUGGCUUUUCUUCCUGAAAAUACCAACCAGGCAAAUAUCGUGCAGCUACGUGACAGACUUUGUAGAGCACAAGGAGAGCCUGUACCAAAACAUGAAACACCCAAAAUUCCUUAUGAGAGGCAGCAGCUGCCGAAGGGCGGGCCUGGACCAACUGCUGGCCAUACACAGAUGCCAAGAGUUCCAUCUCAACAGUAUUAUCCUCAUGGAGAAAAUCCUCCACCUCCAGGUUUCGUAAUGCAUGGAAAUGUUAAUCCAAAUCCUGCCGCUCCACUGCCUACAUCUCCCGGUCAUAUGCAUACCCAGGUACCACCUUAUCCACAGCCACAGCCUUAUCAACCAGCCCAGCAGUAUUCGUUCGGAACAGGGGGGUCAGCAAUGUAUCGACCUCAGCAGCCUGUCGCUCCUCCUGCUUCAAACGCUUACCCUAACACCCCUUACAUAUCUUCUGCUUCUUCCUAUUCUGGGCAGUCUCAGCUAUAUGCAGCGCAGCACCAGGCCUCUCCACCUACCUCCAGCCCUGCUGCUGCUUUCCCUCCUCCCCCUUCCUCUGGAGCCUCCUACCAGCAUGGCGGACCAGGAGCUCCACCAUCAUCUUCAGCUUAUGUGCUGCCUCCUGGAACAACAGGUCCACAGAAUGGUUGGAAUGAUCCUCCAGCUUUGAACAGAGUACCCAAGAAAAAGAAGAUGCCUGAAAACUUUAUGCCUCCUGUUCCCAUAACAUCACCAAUCAUGAAUCCUUUGGGUGAUGCUCAGUCACAGAUGCUGCAGCAACAGCCGUCAGCCCCAGUACCGCUGUCAAACCAAGCUUCGUUCCCACAGCAGCAUUUUUCAGGCGGCCAGCCCUUCCAUGGCAUACAGCAACCUCUUGGUCAACCAGGCAUGCCACAGUCCUUUUCAAAGCCCAAUAUUGAAGGUGCCCCAGGGGCUCCUAUUGGAAAUACUAUCCAGCAUGUACAGUCUCUGCCGACAGAAAAAAUCACUAAGAAACCCAUUCCAGAUGAGCACCUUAUUCUGAAAACCACAUUUGAGGAUCUUAUUCAGCGCUGCCUCUCUUCAGCCACAGAUCCUCAAACCAAGAGGAAGCUGGAUGAUGCCAGUAAACGUUUGGAGUUUCUCUAUGAUAAACUUAGGGAACAGACACUGUCACCAACAAUCAUUAAUGGUUUACACAACAUUGCAAGGAGCAUUGAAACACGAAACUACCCAGAAGGAUUGACCAUCCAUACCCACAUAGUCAGCACCAGCAACUUCAGUGAGACCUCUGCUUUCAUGCCAGUUCUCAAAGUUGUUCUCACCCAAGCUAAUAAGCUGGGUGUCUAAAAGGACAACUUCACUCCCCUCCAAUAUUGCCAUUUUCCAAAGAAACACAUUUAAAAAUAUGAUAAGAUAUGGACCAAGUUUCAGUCCUCACUACGAUGUCUCCAUAGCUGCCAGUCAAGAGCAUUUAUUGCUGUUUCUGCAGAUAUAUUCACCUUAGAACUGCCCAAGAGCCUGGUGCUUUUUUUUGUUUUAAUCUUCUGUUGCCUAUGAUGAUUUUCCUAUUCUACAAAUAGUAUAUUUCCUGGAUUAUACAUAUAUGGUUUCCUGAAGUAUUCUGAUAAAAUGUAGUUUUUAAAAGUUCAAUAUACUUUUUGGAAAGAGCAUCUGGUUAUGCAUAAAGCAGAGUUAAAACUAAAUUUCUUUCAUGUCCUCCCACCUCACUCCAUGUCAAUCAGAUUAAAGUGUGUAAUCCU